CAAACAGAGCCAGAGCUUUGCGCAGGACCUUCUGUCUGCAGCCCCCCAGCAGGACCCGAAAGGGACUCCUCUCACGAUGCAGAGCAGCCUGGCCCGAGUGGGAUGCAGCCAGGACCUGACUUAAACUGGGUGGAAUCAGGCCAGGCUUUGACCUUCAUUGGCCACCAGGAAACAGAAGGGAAAGGAAACGUUCACACAGGAGCAAAACCUCCAUGGCUAACAGAGGAAGAGGAUGGAAGUAAACAACAAAUUGGACCUUCGUAUGAGGAAUUUCUCAAACAAAAGGAGAAGCAGAAGCUGAAAAAGCUCCCAGCGGAGCGCGUGGGUGCCAACUUUGACCAUACCUCCCAGACAGGCGACAGCUGGCUCCCUUCCUUCGGGCGAGUUUGGAAUCACGGCAGGAGGUGGCAGUCCAGGCAUCAGUUCAGAACUGAAUCGGGGGAAAAGAAGAAAAAAAGGUGAUCAGAAGAGGAGCGCUGCAGAAACCAAGCUGUGACCGUUGUGGAAGGGUGGGCUGUAGGUAGCUGCAGCUUUGCUGGUGCUGCUGCUGCUGCCAAGUUAGCGCUUUUAUUUAAUGCGUACAUCCAGAUGUGUUCACCCCUGGAAGGCAGGGUGACCAGAGCAUAAUACCGAGUUGAGCACUGUUACUGAAAGCUACUCUGCCAGGGGGUGUCGCAGCAGAUCCACUUCCCCUGUAACGGACACGCAGUGUGUAUCUGGGCAUCGAUUUCUGAAGUCUUAAGCAACACGAAGGCAGAUCCUGCCAGCAAGGAAGGUCUCCUGCCUAUGGUGUUAUCUUCAUAAUCAGAAAGCCUACCUUGUACAGCGUGUGCUGCCCGUGUCCUACGCUGACAUGUAGCAUGGCAUCCCGUUAAAGGAAUUUAUGAGAAAUAAUUUUUUUUUUUUUUUUUUUUACCUGUGUUGGUAGACCAACUGAAACUCGCUUCAGGUGCAGGGCCUGCUCUGGGGGCAACUGAUGAGUUGCUCCUGAUAUUUUCAUUCUAAUUUAUAUUACUUUCACUCGUUCUGCCUCACCUAAAGGACGACCGAUUAGUCCUCAGUAGAAGAAAGGAGGCCUUAAAGACCUUUGCUGUGGGCAGUUGUUACUUUUAAUUUAAAUAAAAUACGUACAGCCUUAUUUAGAGCUGCUUAUCUAUGCUU